AUGUCCCUCUCAAAAUCCCCCUUGGUAGACAUCCACACCCACGUCUACCCGCCCUCCUACAUAACCCUCCUAAAAUCCCGCACGUCUAUCCCCUACAUAAGAACCUUCCCACCCUCAACAUCCCACCGUCUCGUGAUCCUCCCCGCCGAAGACACAGAAUCCACCUCCAGAGGCCGUCCAGUCGGUCCGGAAUACUACUCCAUUGAUGAAAAGAUAAAAUUCAUGGACGUCCACGGGAUAGACAUAUCCGUCAUCUCUCUCGCAAAUCCGUGGUUAGAUUGGGUCGACCCAGCUGAUGCAGCCGAGGCGGCGAGAAGCAUCAACGAUGAGGUGGAUGCUGAGUGUGCGAAGUUUCCGGGACGAUUAUUCGCAUUUGGAACGCUGCCGUUGAGUGGCGGUGCGGAGGUUAUCGGGGAGGAGAUUAAGCGGUUAAAGGGGUUGAAGUAUAUGAGAGGUAUCAUUCUGGGAACGACAGGCUUGGGAAAGGGAUUGGAUGAUCCGGAACUGCUUCCUAUAUUCCAGGCGUUGCAAGAUGCGAAAUUGCCGAUUUUCUUGCAUCCGCAUUAUGGGCUUCCAAGUUCGGUUUGGGGAGAGCGUGCGAAUGAUUAUGGUCACGUUUUACCACUGGCUCUAGGGUUUCCGCUGGAAACGACCAUUGCGGUCACGAGGAUGAUAUUAGCGGGUGUGUUUGAGAAAGUCCCGGAGUUGCAGAUGAUUCUGGCGCAUUCUGGUGGGACUUUGCCGUUUUUGGCGGGAAGAAUUGAGAGUUGUAUUGAGCAUGAUGCGCAUUUGAAAGCUGAGGGCAAAUUAGGCAAGGGCAGGAAAACGGUGUGGGAUGUGUUGAAGACGAAUAUUUAUCUGGAUGCGGUGGUUUACAGUGAGGUUGGGUUGAGAGCUGCGAUACAGGCGAGUGGAGAGGAUAGAAUCAUGUUUGGGACUGAUAAUCCGUUUUUCCCGCCGCUGGGGGAGGAGGGUGGGAAGUGGGCGAGUGUGGAAACGAAUUAUCAGGCUAUUGCGGGCGCGUUGGGGGAUGGGAGUGAGAGUGCGGAGGGAGCGUUGGGAGGGAAUGCGGUAAGAGUUCUCAAUUUAGAGGUUUAG